AAGGUCCCUGAAACCAUAUAGUAUAUACAAUACAUGAUUUGUACCGUUGACCUUUCCCCCGGUAAGUCAAUUAACUCUUUGUCCCGGUAUCUAUAUCUCAGACACUCUUUCCAUCGUCAUAUCUCUUUGGGGCCUAAAUUUUCAGUGUGUAAAAAUGGGUAUAUUUCCUGAGUUUGGUGGCUGGAUCAGUCAGAACACUCAACAGCCUAAAAAAUCUGAAAAUGUCAAAUCCAAGCCUGUGAGAGAGACAAAAACUCACGAUGAGAGAGAUGAGAUGAAGGAGCAAUUAAAACUGUGGAGAGAUGCAAAUAAGAAGGAACAAUAUCAUGAACCUUCUCCUACGGUGAAGGUGCAUACAGACCAUAAUAUUGAUAGCUUUUCCAGUAUAGAAAUGGAAUUUACAUUAGGAUUGCCACCUCAAGCAGCUUACGACGUUUUAACUAAUCAAGACAACAAAACAUACUCCAGAGAAAUCAAUGGCCGCCCACUUCUGAAAGCCAUAUCAAGAAAAGUUACAUCAGAGAGAGGUAUAGGGAAUAGGCCGAUCCUGGAGGUUGAUAAAGAGUUGUCAUGGAACUUCCUUUUCUUUUCAGGAACUAUCCCAAUACGUCUAUAUGUCCUCGAAAACCCAAAAGAACUUUCGACAUAUAACUGGAAAAGGAGAAAAGGAAUGGACUACAUGGAAACGUUCGAGGUUAACUAUAGAGUGGAGCCAAUGUAUGUUGAUGCAGAACGCUUGUGCAAGCACAAGAAGCCGAAGAGUAGAGAAGAAUACAGAAAAUGUAGUGGAGGAAAAGGAUUGAUUGCGUCCAAGGUUAAAGUUAACCAGGCUUUUAGGCCUUCUUUUCCUUGGAAUCUGCCACUGCUGUCUUCCUACUUUCGCCGGUUCACUGUUGAGACCACUAAGAAAGUGGCGGAAGAUUUUCAAACGCGGGCUGGCGAUAUCCGAGGUUUUUGAAAUACACCAAACCCCGUUAUCCGACAACGGUUGUAACGUCGUCUUCGUAAAACAACACAUCAAAUAGUGUUUUAAAAAUCGCAUUAUCUUCAAUUCGAAUAGCAGAAUUUUUAAAGUUAAA